AUAGAACUAGAGUCACUUAACUAGUGUCAGGACCAAGAGUCAACCCUGAGCUUUCUAAAAUCCACAACUCUUUUGAUAGUGAGAUUUGAGAGGCAUCCACAUAGAAGUUUAAGCCAUGGGUGUGUGGGAUCACCUGCAUCUGAAGAAGAAAAUACCAAAAUUCUGUGACUGGGCAAACCUAAGAUAAAUGAAUUUACAGCCUAAAUCUCAGGAAUAUGCAACAUUUGGCUCUUGGAUAUUUCAAUUUGAUACAUUCAGACUAAUUUCUAAAAGACCUGAAAAACUGCUAGAUUAAAAAAAAAAAAAGAUAAAAAAAUUCCUCCUAUAUAUUUUAUUCACAGUAUAGUACUCAUUACUUCCUGGAAAGAAAGUACCUUGUGUUCUUCUCAAAGCACCUCCUCUUCCAAGAAAAUGUCAAUUAAUCCUGUUAAUACACUCAUAAAACUCUGAUUCAGAGCAAGCAGAGGAAGAAGGAUGAAGAAACAUGUGUUGACUGAUUAUUCCAGGAACUAUCAAUCUAUAUCAAAAUCCGCCUUUAGGAAUUCAGAAAAGACAGAACCAUAAAGCUGCCUGGAAUUGAUAGGAUUAUGACUUGGAAUUAAGACUUUCCAAGUGUCACCAAGACAAAAAAUAAUAGAAUUCUUCUGACCCAUACAUUUAAAAAAAAUUCUUUAAAGUUCCAAAUUACUUCUUUUGCCUCCUCAUUUUUUUAAUAUGAUCACUGAUGACAUCAUUAGGGCUGAGGUUGUGAAGUGAAAUUUAAAAGCACUUUGUUUUAAGUCUUCCACAGAACACAGAAUUCUCUGUGUUUUCUUCCUGGUCAGUUCUUUUAACAUUAUACAUUCAGCAAAGGAGCACUUAGAAUUCAUUCUACACUUCAGAAAUAUUGAAGUCAAUGGCAACCCAGACACCUCCAGGAUUUUCCAUCUCAAAAAAACCAAACCUUUUCCAGAAUACAAGCUACUGCAUGGAUACAAAAGAGCUUUGGGAUGUUUUGUACAGUGUGCUACCACCAUGGAUCACUGUCAUUUUUUUUUUUGGUUUGCUAGGAAAUUUAUUUGCCUUAUCUAUCUUCUUCUUACUCAGGAAACGCCUAACUGUGGCAGAAAUUUAUUUGACUAAUCUGUCAAUAUCUGACUUUAUGUUUGUCGUGGGUUUGCCCUUCUGGGCAGAAAACGUCCAGGAGCAGUUCACAUGGCGAUUUGGCCAUGUUCUUUGCUACAUCAUCAAUGGAGUCAUCAAGGCCCAUCUAUUUGUAAGUGUCUUCUUGGUGGUGGCCAUCAGCAGGGAUCGUUACUGUGUUCUCGUCCACACCAUGAGUAACCAGAUACAACGCAGCCCUAGACAAGCCCGGAUCAUCUGUGCUUUCAUCUGGUUCUUAGGUGGCCUCCUAAGCAUCCCCACUUUUCUGUUCCGGUCAGUGGAAACCAUCCCAAAUCUGAACAUCAUGGCCUGUGUCCUCCAAUUCCCACAUGAAAUAUGGUAUUCUAUCAGAAUUAUUAAGCUGAGUGUGGUAGGCUUCAUCAUUCCCCUAAUUGCCAUCAUCUUCUUCAACUCAAAGAUAAUAACCUCCUUGAGAGGUCGGACCAAGAUCAAUAUAAAGAGAUCAGGAAAUACAAAUGAUACUAAAGCUACCAGUCUGAUCCUUACCCUAGUGACUGUUUUUAUUAUAUGCUGGACUCCGUAUCAUUGCUUUGCUAUUCUGGAAUAUUUAUUCUGGCUGAAAGCUAUCCAGGGCUGCUUUUGGGAAGAAUUAAUUGACCUGGGCUUGAUAUUUGCCAAUUUCUUUGCCUUCCUCAACAGUUGCCUGAAUCCUGUGAUUUUUGUCUUUAUGGGGAAGCUUUUUAGGGCCAGAGUUUGUGAAGUUUAUAAACAAUGCACUACCAGAUGUUCUAUGCCAAUGUAGUCAUAGGAUGGAAAUAAAAUCCACUGCUUUUAUUUGGUCAUUAAAACUUUAAAAGGA